CCAUCCUUCGUAUUUCUCCCCAGAAUCUCUCUCUCUCUCCGAUUUCGCCGCUCCGAUCUCGCAUCGCUUCUUCUCCGCAAUCGAUCCUCGAAACCCUAAUCCUCCUCUCCUGAACCGGCGAGCUCCUCCCUCACCUGUCUCUCUGCCUCUUCGCCAUGACGAAGGAAUUCGCCGUCCCGCCGGUGGUCUUCCCCGCCGGCGGAAACCCCGCCGCGGGGAACCUCCAGCAGCGCCGCGUCCCCACGGCGCCGUUCCAGCCCCCGCGCCCCUCGGGCUCCAGCCUCCCCUUCAUGUCCUUCGACAUCGGCCCCGCCGCCUCCGCCGCCUCCUCCACCAUCUACGGCGGCCCCAUCGGCGGCGGUGGCGGGGGCCCCUCCGGCUCCGCGAACUUCGACGACGAGGAGCCCCUGCUCGACGAGCUCGGCAUCCACCCCGAACAGAUCUGGAAGAAGACCCGGUCGAUCCUCAACCCUCUCCGCGUGAACCCGGCCGUCCACAAGGACUCCGAUCUGUCUGGACCGAUCAUCCUGUACCUCUCGCUCUGCCUGUUCCAGUUGCUCGCUGGCAAGAUCCAAUUCGGCGUCAUCCUGGGAUGGAUCGUGGUCUCCUCGAUGUUCCUCUACGUGGUGUUCAACAUGCUCGCCGGGCGUAACGGCCAGCUGAAUCUGCACACGUGUACGAGCGUCGUCGGGUACUGUUUGCUGCCCGUGGUGAUCUUGUCGGCGGCGUCGCUGUUCUUGCCGCAAGCGAGUGUGGUCCGGUUCGUGAUCGCUGGGGUCUUCGUGUUGUGGGCGACGAGGGCGUCCACGGCCCUGAUGGUGGCGCUUGCCGAAGGCGAGGAGGAGCAUCGUGGCCUUGUUGCGUACGCGUGCUUUUUGAUUUACACUCUAUUUUCUUUGCUCGUCAUCUUUUAGUAGAAAUGGCUAGAGAUGUGUGGGGUUUUCCAGUGAUUUGUGCCGAGUUUUGGGUGUGGGAUAUGAAAGAUAGUGAAGCCAUAGUUCAGUUUACGAGUAAUGGAUGUAGUUAUGAUGUAAUGAAAUUGGAUGAUUCGUUGUAAUUUGGUUGAGAAGUGGUAUGUAGAGAUCACAAAACUUUUAGAUUC